AUGAACAAGUCACAAACGUAUGAAAAUAGUCAGAUAAUCCCCAAAUUCGACUAUGAAAGUGAUCGAGAAGAAAAAAACCUAAUUAGUAACAUAUUCUCCACGAGGAAACCCAAACAUGCAGGUGCCGGAUUAGUGUCAGGAUUAAAAUCAGUAACAAAAGGAAUAAUUGUGGGAACAAGUUUUUUAUUUAUAUCCCCUUAUUUAUGUGCUAAAGCUGAAGGUAUUAAUGGGUUUUUCAAGGGUAUGUUUUUUGGCCUUCUAAGUGCAGUAGUUAUUCCAAUAAUAUCAUUAGGUGUAGCAAGCUAUCAAAUUGGUAGGGGCAUAAUGAACACACCUGAAUCGAUAGCUCAGAGGGCAUUAGGUAAAAUAUGGGAUGACGAAAAAAGAGAAUGGUAUGAUUUUUAUUACAAUUUAGAUGAAGAAGCUAAUAAAGUAUUAAACGAAAUUAAUGAUAAUGCUAAUGGCAACGAUAACAAUGGAAAUAACAAUAGCAACGGAAACUCGAAAUAUGAGAGGAAGAAUGAUGUAAAUGAUGAUGAAUAUUAUAACAAAAAUGGAAAUAUAAAAGUUAAAAAUGAUGAAUUUUAUAAAAUAUUACAAGUACCUAUCAAUGCUACCCAAAAUGAAAUUAAGAGGCAAUAUUACAAACUAGCCAAAGAAUAUCAUCCAGAUAAAUGUUCAGAUUCUAAAGCAAAAGAACAAUUUCAGAAAAUAGGUGAAGCCUAUCAAGUUUUAGGAGAUGUAGAAAGAAGAAGAAGAUAUGACAAGGAAGGAAAAAAUGCUAUUAAUAAUAUGCAGUUCAUUGAUUCAACGUUUUUCUUUACCCUACUAUUUGGUAGUGAAAAAUUAGAUCCAUAUAUUGGUAAACUAAGAAUGGUAAUGUAUGUGGAAUAUGAACAGAUAUACAAAGAUGAAGAUGUACAAAGAAUCAUUGUUAAAGAACAAAAUAAAAGAGAAGUUCAGUUAGCCUUACAUUUGAGAGAAAUGUUAAAUAAUUAUAUUCAUGGAAAUAAAGAGGAAUAUAUUACAAAAUUUCAAAAUGAAAUUAAAGAUCUAUGCCAAACUUCAUUCGGACAUGUAAUUUUAGAAAAUGUUGCAUGGUCCUAUGAGAAUUGUGCCAACCAAUUUUUAGGAGAUAAAUAUAGUUUAUUUGGAAUUAGUGGAAAAUAUUAUAAAAUGCAACAAAAAAAAAGAGUUAUAGGUACUGGUUUUAAAUUUGUAAAGACUUUAAUUAAAACUAGUUCCUUAGCUAGCCAAAUCAAGAAAAAAGAAGAUGAAGAUAUGUCCUUAGAAAAAACUGCCAAAGUUAAUAAAAAAAUUGAAGAUUCCUUGCCAGCUAUUGUGGAAACGAUGCUAAAUAUUUGUUUAAUUGACAUUGAUCAAACCAUAAAAGGAGUGUGUAAGAAGGUAUUUACCGACAUGUCCGUCGAUGAAAACAUGCGAAAAACCAGAGCAGAGUCCCUUAUUACUCUAGCAAAAAUUAUGAAAAAGGUUAUUCAGGAUUUUAAGAAAAACAACGAAGUAACGGAUACUAAGAAGUUAUUCGAAGAUGCGUGCAUGAGGGCAUACCAGAGGCAGGACGACGAGUACAACUGA